AGUCCCUAUUUGGAACUGCUCUCGCGGCAGUUCAGACCUCGUGCUCGUCCCCCUCGCCUGUCUGUGUGUGGUAUCCGUAGGUCCGGGGCACUUUUUUUUUUUUGGCGUGUGUGUGUUGGGUGUGUGUUUUGGGGGUUUGCCGGGGCGCGGAGAGGAGAGCCAGGCCGAGGGGAAGGAAGGAAGCCGCAGAGCUCCCCGGUCUCGGGCUGUCUCCCCUCCAGCGCUCUCCUGCCUGUGCGCUCCGAGGCGGCAGCGACGGUGUCGCCGAGCGCUCCUCACUGGGGACGCGGAGCUCGAGCUGGGAGCAGCGAGGACCCUUUGCGGAAGCUUCCCGUGCCCGCUGGAGUUAGGAUGCCAGGGCGUUUGAUUUGCAUCUACUGAGCCCGGAGUUCCUCCCCGGCCCUGGGAAGGGCUUGCAGCGGCGGCGGCGGCGGCGGCAGUAGCAGACGGAACAGCAGGCUCUGCUCUCCGAGGGGGGGCGUCGAAGCGCCCGCGCCGGGCUCCCGCCCUCACCCUCCUGCGCUCCUGCGGCCCCAAGCCGCCACCUCGUUGCCCGCCUCCUUCCUCUUCUUGCCGCGAGCCCCAGGCCCGGCCGCCUCUGGGAUCGGACCCACGCGCCCCGGAUGCUUGGGGCUGUCCCGGCGCGCCCCCCUCCUGGCGCGACGCGCUGAGUGACCCGGAGGGGGCCCGAGCUCGCCCCAGGAGGGGCCCCCAGCCUCGGGACCCCGCUCCGGACCUGCCGGGGAGCCGACGAUGUCCGCGCAGCCCCGGGCACUGACGCGCUCCACGCAGCCCGGGGAAGGCUGCCGGCCGCUGCCCGCCGAACCCUAGGCGCACAAAGCCCGCGCCCGCCGCCCGGCCCCGGCGCCCGCCGACGACUUUGCCGCCUGCUCCGCGGCUCUUUGUCUCCACUUGGGGCGGGCGCCCGACUCUGGGAUUUCGCUGGGAGAGCGAGCUGGGGGGGCCGGGGGCGAGCUCUCGGUUUCCCAGCCGCCCCCCGCUGGGGCUUGGCUCCCCCCUCCCCCGCACCUCCCCGGCCCGGGCUCUCGGCGCUUCCACGCUCUCGGAAUCACGACCCCUCCCUGCCAUGUAUCCGCAGGGCAGACAUCCGGCUCCCCAUCAACCUGGGCAGCCGGGAUUUAAAUUUACGGUGGCUGAGUCUUGUGACAGGAUCAAAGACGAAUUCCAGUUCCUGCAAGCUCAGUAUCACAGCCUCAAAGUGGAGUACGACAAGCUGGCGAACGAGAAGACGGAGAUGCAGCGCCAUUAUGUGAUGUACUAUGAGAUGUCCUAUGGCUUGAACAUUGAAAUGCACAAGCAGACAGAGAUUGCGAAGAGACUGAACACAAUUUUAGCACAGAUCAUGCCUUUCCUGUCACAGGAGCACCAGCAGCAGGUGGCGCAGGCAGUGGAACGCGCCAAGCAGGUCACCAUGACGGAGCUGAACGCCAUCAUCGGGCAGCAGCAGCUCCAGGCGCAGCACCUCUCUCAUGCCACACACGGCCCCCCGGUCCAGUUGCCACCCCACCCAUCAGGUCUCCAGCCUCCAGGAAUCCCCCCAGUGACGGGGAGCAGCUCUGGGCUGCUGGCACUGGGCGCUCUGGGCAGCCAGGCCCACCUGACGGUGAAGGAUGAGAAGAACCACCAUGAACUCGAUCACAGAGAGAGAGAAUCCAGUGCGAAUAACUCCGUGUCACCUUCGGAAAGCCUCCGGGCCAGUGAGAAGCACCGGGGCUCUGCAGACUACAGCAUGGAAGCCAAGAAGCGGAAGGCGGAGGAGAAGGACAGCUUGAGCCGAUACGACAGUGAUGGGGACAAGAGCGACGACCUGGUGGUGGACGUUUCCAAUGAGGACCCCCCAACGCCCCGGGUCAGCCCGGCACACUCGCCUCCUGAAAAUGGGCUGGACAAGGCCCGUAGCCUGAAAAAGGAUGCCCCCACCAGCCCUGCCUCAGUGGCUUCUUCCAGCAGCACACCUUCCUCCAAGACCAAAGACCUUGGUCACAAUGACAAAUCCUCCACCCCUGGGCUCAAGUCUAACACACCAACCCCGAGGAAUGAUGCCCCAACUCCAGGCACCAGCACGACCCCAGGGCUCCGGUCGAUGCCGGGCAAACCUCCGGGCAUGGACCCGAUAGGUAUAAUGGCCUCGGCUCUGCGCACGCCCAUCUCCAUCACCAGCUCCUACGCGGCGCCCUUCGCCAUGAUGAGCCACCACGAGAUGAACGGGUCCCUCACCAGCCCUGGCGCCUAUGCCGGCCUCCACAACAUCCCGCCCCAGAUGAGCGCCGCCGCCGCCGCUGCAGCUGCUGCCUAUGGCCGAUCGCCAAUGGUGAGCUUUGGAGCUGUUGGCUUUGACCCUCACCCCCCGAUGCGGGCCACAGGCCUCCCCUCAAGCCUGGCCUCCAUUCCCGGAGGAAAACCGGCGUACUCAUUCCAUGUGAGCGCUGAUGGGCAGAUGCAGCCCGUGCCCUUCCCCCACGACGCCCUGGCAGGCCCUGGCAUUCCGAGGCACGCCCGACAGAUCAACACACUCAGCCACGGGGAGGUGGUGUGUGCCGUGACCAUCAGCAACCCCACGAGGCACGUCUACACAGGUGGCAAGGGCUGCGUGAAGAUCUGGGACAUCAGCCAGCCGGGCAGCAAGAGCCCCAUCUCCCAGCUGGACUGCCUGAACAGGGACAACUACAUCCGCUCCUGCAAGCUGCUCCCGGACGGGCGCACGCUCAUUGUGGGCGGCGAGGCCAGCACGCUCACCAUCUGGGACCUGGCCUCGCCCACACCCCGCAUCAAGGCCGAGCUGACGUCCUCAGCCCCCGCCUGUUACGCCCUGGCCAUCAGCCCCGACGCCAAAGUCUGCUUCUCCUGCUGCAGCGAUGGGAACAUUGCCGUCUGGGACCUGCACAACCAGACGCUGGUCAGGCAGUUCCAGGGCCACACGGACGGGGCCAGCUGCAUAGACAUCUCCCAUGAUGGCACCAAACUGUGGACAGGGGGCCUGGACAACACCGUGCGCUCCUGGGACCUGCGGGAGGGCCGGCAGCUGCAGCAGCAUGACUUCACUUCCCAGAUCUUCUCGCUGGGCUACUGCCCCACCGGGGAGUGGCUGGCCGUGGGCAUGGAGAGCAGCAACGUGGAGGUGCUGCACCACACCAAGCCCGACAAGUACCAGCUGCACCUGCACGAGAGCUGUGUGCUCUCCCUCAAGUUUGCCUACUGCGGCAAGUGGUUCGUGAGCACUGGGAAAGAUAACCUUCUCAACGCCUGGAGGACACCUUAUGGAGCCAGCAUAUUCCAGUCUAAAGAAUCCUCGUCUGUCUUGAGUUGUGACAUUUCAGCGGAUGACAAAUACAUUGUAACAGGCUCUGGUGACAAGAAGGCCACAGUUUAUGAGGUCAUCUACUAAACAAGAACUCCAGCAGGGCUGUCAGACUCUGGGAGAAACCGACUCGGUUCUGACAGGGAGACCCCCGGGCCAGGGGCCCCGAGGAUGGCGGAGGAUGGGCGGCAGGCAGCCGAGCGUUCGGGGCUGCGCUCCGGCCGGCUGAGAGGGCGCGUGCCCCGUCACGGUCUGGACUCCUGGGCCUGGAUUGAUGUGUCUCACAGACUCGGAUGGGUUCUGCUCCUCCUCCUCCCCCUGAACAAUGCUGGCAAUUGCUACACAGAUUUAUUGGAGGCUUAUGGCUCUGGUUCCCCACAGACCCACUCAUGAGUCUCUGUUCUUCCCCUUUCUUUUGCCCUGUCCCCCACCUUGGGUCGGGGAUGCUGGAGUGGACCACAUUGUUGUGCUGGGGGAGGGGGGAAUCUCUUUUUGCCGAUUGUGCAGUGCACAAGAUUUGUGAAAAGUGUAAAUAACAGACUCCUAUUGCGGACUGAUCAGUGGGAGAGGAGGCCCCUUCCCACCGGAAACUCUGACCGUGUAUUUCGCCUGCUGUAUUUGUAAUCCACUCGUGGUGGUGGCUUUUUUUUUUUUUUUUUUUUUUUUUAAAUAAACAUAUUCUCACCUGGGAAGAGAAGACAGGGAGGGGAGCCAAUUGAAGAAUGGGGAGGAAAGUCUUACAGUGUGGGAAAGGCAGCCGGGCUGGCCGUAAGGUUCCUGCAUCUGCCUCCACAGGGGCUUGGGCAUCUGGACUGAGCACCAGCGGCCAGACCAAGAAGUGGAAGGCACUCCGCUGGGCGCCCGUCCCGCAGACACCCGCAGAAACCGAGCUUUCUGUGGCCUCCUCUUGCCCUCUCUGCAUCUCUCUUUCCUGGUCUCUCCCUCUCCUCCUCAGCCUGGUUUUUCUCUUGGGUGCACACUUAGUUAUUGUUAUGAGCAAUGGAAGUUCAAAGGAACUCCCCCUCCAGCCCUUCUGAAUCUUGGGCCGUGGCCUAAAAAGGACAGAAAGAGGACAGACAGCAUAGCAACUCAGCUCAGGGAGCUACCAGAGAAAAAUAGCAACUAAUGUGGGUGCUUUUUUUUUUUAAUUUGAAUAAAAGGAAUUAGAAGUGACAUCCUUUUAUAAAAUGCCUUCCUGCCUACAGCCUUUUCCUCUCCCCUUAGAAGCGGGGGAAAGUGAAUUAACCUACAGGGUUGUGAGUCUGGAAAAAGGAUCCCCCUCACCCCCACCCUGGGCGGAGCAGUGGGGGGUGGGGGGUGGAGAGGGAGACACAGAUCCUGGCACACUGUGGAUAUUUCUUGCAGAUUUCAGUUUCUCAUGAGCCCAAACACGUUGCAGGUAGAAUAUCGCCUCUGGCAGGUGCCACGUUUUAGUACCAACAUGUUCUGAGGUGUUAGGAUUUGUUUUUUUUUUGUUUUUUUUUUGUUUUUUUUGUUUUUUUCUUUUGAAGAAAAACUAAAGGCCACUGUGAGUCCUGGUGGCGAGCUCUCCAUGGAUGUAGCAUAUCGAAGAUAAUUUUUAUACUGCAUUUUUAUGGAUUAUUUUGUAAUGUGUGAUUCCGUCUGCUGAGGAGGAGGGAGGGGCUCCAGGGAAAGCCGCCCACCUUCAGUGAGGUUGUCCCCAGCUGAGCACACUGGCAUGGGACGUGGAGGCUGGCGCCACACCCUGUGGCUCUCCGAGGCUGGGCGCGUGGGGCAUCUGGAGUCUCUGGGUCUCAGAUGUCCACCUCCCACCUCUUGUUAAGGCUCUAGCCAGAAGGGAGGGUGAGGGUAGAAGAAAGUUAUUCCUGAAGAAAAAAAGAAUGAAAAGUCAUUGUAAUGAACUGUUUUUAUAUUUUUAAAAGUUACUAUUUAAAGGUU